AUGCGUGCUCUGACGUGAGUGCGGGCGAUAAGAAGAAACAACGCCAGGUGGGGGACGAAGAACGGUCGCUGGUCAACAGAUUUUUGUAUUUUUUGGACGACUAUCGCCGUCAUCGUCGCACACGAUGAGCACGAGUCGGAAAUUGUCGGUCGGGGGAGCGGCGAGAGAGCGGGGGCAGUCCGGGAAUUAGUGAGCGGGAGUUCCGGAGAGCGGGCAUAAAAGACGAGCAAUGAUUGGCUUCGGCGGAGGGGGCCGAGGGAAUCACGGGGAGGGUUAAAUACAUCACUGGGCAGGGCCGGGGUUUGCCGCCCACGCCCACUCGUCGUCUUUUCGUCUUUCUCUUCCUUUCCUUCCAAUCUCGACUUGCCUUUCGUCUUAUACAAGCUCGUCGACGUCGGCGACGAUGCUGAACCUCACCCAACGAACUGCUGCUGCAUGGCGGUCCGUACAGCGGCUGGCCGCCGGUAUGGCCACCGUUUCGGACGCAAAGAUCGGCGCGACCAAAGUCCCCAUGUCUUUGCUUGAGCCUAAUGCUUAUAUCAACUAUCAGCGUAUUGAGGAUAACCUUGCUAUCGUCCGUGAAAGCGUCCCUUGACACUCUCAGAAAAGAUUGUGUACGGUCAUCUCGACGAUCCUGUCAACCAGGAUAUCGAGCGUGGUACCAGUUACCUCAAACUGCGUCCUGACGUACGUGCUUUGCUUUUCGCUUAUUCGAAUUGAACCUUAUCAUUCAUCUCACAGCGAGUUGCUUGUCAAGAUGCUACUGCUCAGGUAAGCCCGCAGUUAGCCUUGUUGGACCCUUUCUAGGCGUCGCUAGUGGAGUCUGGGUGUUAUCAAAGAAUUCAAGCCAGUGGGGAUGCUGUUUGCACCUCCUAACUCCUCCAGACACGUUGUGACGUAGAUGGGCGUUAAAGCCUUCCAUUGCACAUCCCGCUAGGACUGGCUUGGACGCGACUUUCUCUAGCGACGCCUGAAGAAUAGCUUCCAGUCACUGAAUUAAUUCCAUGAUGCUGAUCUGGUCUUCUCCAGAUGGCUAUUCUUCAAUUCAUGUCUGCCGGUAUGGACACCGCUGCGGUCCCCACUACGGUCCACUGCGACCAUCUCAUCGAAGCACAAGUCGGUGGUGCUAAGGAUUUGCAACGGGCGAUUAACAUCAAUAGAGAGGUUUAUGAUUUCUUGGCGACGGCUACUGCCAAGUACGGUCUUGGCUUUUGGAAACCCGGCUCUGGUAUCAUUCAUCAGAUUAUCCUCGAGAACUAUGCUUUCCCCGGUGGUCUCAUGAUCGGAACGGACUCACAUACUCCUAACGCUGGUGGUCUCGGUAUGGUUGCUUGUGGUGUUGGUGGUGCCGAUGCCGUCGAUGUCAUGGCUGAUCUUGCUUGGGAACUCAAGUGUCCCAAAGUCAUUGGUGUUAAUCUUACUGGCAAGAUCUCUGGGUGGACUUCUCCUAAGGAUGUUAUCCUCAAGGUUGCGGGUAUUCUUACUGUCAAGGGUGGUACCGGUGCUAUCGUCGAGUACAAGGGUCCUGGUCUCCAGUCCCUCUCUUGCACGGGUAUGGCUACUAUUUGCAACAUGGGUGCUGAAAUUGGUGCAACGACUUCGCUUUUCCCCUUCAACAACCGUAUGGCCGACUACCUUAAUGCUACCCGUCGCAGCGAGAUUGCUCAAUACGCACAACGGUUCUCCCACAACUUGAAGGCUGACGAAGGUGCCGAGUACGAUCACGAGAUUGAAAUUAACCUUUCUGAGCUCGAGCCCCACAUUAACGGUCCUUUCACUCCCGAUCUCGCUACUCCCCUCUCCAAGUUCAAGAACGCUGUCGAGAAGAACGGCUGGCCCGCUGAAUUGAAGGUUGCUCUCAUCGGUUCUUGCACCAACUCGUCAUACGAGGACAUGUCUCGUGCCGCUUCCAUCGCUAAGCAGGCUAAGGACCACGGUUUGGACACCAAGUCUAAGUUCACUGUCACUCCCGGAUCUGAGCAAGUUCGCGCCACUAUUGAGCGAGAUGGUCAGAUGGCUGCUCUCGAGAAUGUCGGUGGUGUCGUUUUGGCCAACGCUUGCGGUCCUUGCAUCGGUCAAUGGGACAGACGUGACGUCAAGAAGGGCGAGGCUAACUCUAUCAUCACCUCCUACAACCGUAACUUCACCGGCCGUAACGACGCUAACCCCGCCACCCACGCUUUCGUCGCUUCCCCCGAUGUCGUCACCGCUAUGGCCUUUGCUGGCGACCUCCGCUUCAACCCCCUUACUGACUCUCUCACCGGUGCUGAUGGCAAGCCGUUCAAGUUUGACGACCCCUCUGGCAAUGAGCUCCCCCCUCGCGGCUACGACCCCGGCCAGGACACCUUCCAGCCUCCUCCCGCAGACCGCGCCUCUGUCCUAGUUGCCGUCGACCCCAAAUCUGACCGUCUCCAGUUUUUGAAGCCUUUCGCACCUUGGGAUGGCAAGACUCCUACGGACCUCCCCAUCCUCAUCAAGGCUCAGGGCAAGUGCACUACCGAUCACAUUUCUGCUGGUGGACCCUGGCUCAAGUACCGUGGACAUCUCGAGAACAUCUCUCAGAACUGCUUGAUUGGUGCUAUUAACGCUGAGAACGGCGAGGCCAACAAGAUUAAGAACCAGAUCACUGGCGAAUACGGUGGUGUUCCUCAGGUUGCUGCUCACUACCGUGACCAUGGCAUCAAGUGGGUCGUUAUUGGUGAUCACAACUACGGUGAAGGUUCCUCCCGUGAGCAUGCUGCUCUUGAGCCUCGUUUCCUCGGUGGUCUUGCUAUCAUCACUCGUUCCUUCGCUCGUAUCCACGAAACCAACUUGAAGAAGCAGGGCAUGCUCGCUUUGACUUUCAUCAACCCUGAUGACUACGAGAAGGUCCGCCCCAGCGACCGUGUUGACAUCCUCGGUCUGGAGUCCUUCGCUCCUGGCAAGAACAUGACUCUUGUUGCUAAGCACGAGGAUGGCACUAAGGAUGAGAUCCCUCUUGCUCACUCCUUCAACGAGGGUCAGAUUGCAUGGUUCAAGGCCGGCUCUGCACUGAACUUGAUGGCUGCGAAAGCCAAGGCUAGGGCUGAACAAGCCGCGCAGCAAUAAACGCAUUAUCGCUCCUUCCUAACGUUAUGAACGAUCGAAGGAUUAGAAGUAUUCUACUAUUAGUAUCGAAUUCACGUCUAACACCACCGAACGGUUCACGUCUCUACUACCAGCUUUCUACCGCUACUACCUCUGCCUCUAACUCUGCCACGUCCAUCUCUUUGUUCGUCUCGUUUUCAUUUCCAUCUUCUCUCUUACUCUCUGUACGGCUAUCUUCCAUUCUGUGCAUUGCUACGCUUCGUUUCCGUGUAAUGUGUCUAUCGCGACGAUUGAAUAAAAGUAUCGGUUACCGGAAAGCCAGUGUUGCGCCAUAUAUAUAUAUAGAGUACUCGUGCAUCUCGUGCAAUGAAUUUUAUCUGGAAAGGUCUCUCAUGACAGUGUUUCAUGGAUAACGAUGGAUUGAAAGCUAGCGGAUACAGCGUAAUUUAACAGAGUUCUAAAGUAAUCGGUUGACAGAGUAUCUCAAAAGAGACAAAUCUUACAUCGUUA